GGGGCCGGAGGGGCUUGGCCAGCGAGGGAAGGGGCGUAGCAGAAAGCAGCUUUGGGACAGAGAAGUGAUUUCAGCGCUUCCAGUUGGGAGCCGCGGGCCGGACGCGGAGGGGCUGCUCCCCAGGACAGCGAGGAAGGGGAGACGGAGCCAUCCCCCGGCCUGGGUGAGAGGAAGAUGAAGGUCCUGCUGAUGGCGGCAGUGCUGUUUGCCUGCAGUGUGUUCACAGCUCAUGGGAAGCUCCCGCACGCCUUUGCACCAGGACUCGAGGGGAGCACCGUAGGAAAUGUGACCCAUGGCUGCCCCUCGGGAUGGGGCACGUCGAGGGCUUCAAUGGACCGGUGCUGCCGGCUCCGUGCCUGCUGCUACGCCAGGCUGGCGGCACGGCGCUGCCGCGUGGGACCAGCGCAGCCCUUCCCUGGGCCCCAGGCAGGAGGGCGCCCCUGCAGCUCCGGGACCUGGUGCCAAAGGGGCGCCUGCCGGUGCGAGCGGGCAGCCCUGCUCUGCCGCAUCCGCAGCCGGGGGCAGCUCCGGCGCCGCAGCAAGUGCCGGGGCCGAGGCCGAGGCGGGCGGUGCUGAAGCCAAAGGGCUCCGUGCAUUGAACCGCAUCCGGGCUGAUGAGCGAAGGGACGGGGCCAGCAGCGAAUCCCAGCCCCGCCGCGUCUCCUCCGUGGGGCUUUCUGGCUCCGACACGAGUACAGCCGCCCUCUGGUGCAGCUGUGCCAACGCGCACCGGGGCCGAGGAG